AUGCUCAGAUCGACCCCCCCUGCGCCCCUGGUGCUGACCGCCCCGCGCCCCCUCCUCCUCUUCCUCCUCCUCCUGCUCCACCGGCCAGGGGCGCCGGCGUCGGAGGAGAAGGAACUGCGGGUCCGGCCCUACACGGACGUGACCCUGCCCUGCACCUUCUCCUUCGUGGACGGCCCCGACGGGCUGGAGCUGUCCUGGGAGCGCGACGACAUCCGGGAGGAGUUCGAGGUGGCCGACGAGAAGGAGUACUUCCGCUUCUUCCGCUUCUACGACUUCUUCGAGGUCUUCUCCAAGGUGGUGUACCGGUUCGGCGACGGCCGGGAGCAGCUGGAGGAGCAGAACGGCCUCUACGGGGGGCGGGUGUCGGUGGACCCCGACGACAUGGCGGAGGGCAGCCUGGCCCUGCUCCUCAGGGACGUCGAGGCGCACGACGAGGCCGUCUACACCUGCUCGGCCAGCACGCCCCACGGCCGGGGUAGGCGCAAGAUCAAGCUGGUUGUGGAAGAGGCCGAAGAGCCCCAGGUGCGGUUCGACCGCCGGGGCGACGGGAACGUGGCCGUGUGCCUCUCCAAGGGCUGGUACCACAUGCCCGGCGUGACCUGGCUGAACCGGGCCGAGGAGGACAUCAGCAACUUCGGCAGCGUGGAGAUCCUGGAGGAGCGGAAGGACGGGGCUCACCGGGUCGUCACCGUCCUCGACUACCCCGUCAAGCUCCACGAGACAUACGUCUGCCGCAUCCUGGAGACCGACGCCAACCACCAGCCCAUCAAGUCCAUCCGCCGGAUCCCCAAGAGAAAGUUCCACAAGAUGUACGAUUACUACUAGCUGCCCCGAGACCGCUCUCAGGAACCCAGGCCCCGAGGAUCCCAGUCUUCCCCCACGGGGGUCCCGGGCGGCCCGCGACCCGCGUCUGGAGGAAGAGGGGCAGAGAGGGCAGAUGGCCGGAGAUCCCCCGGUCGUCCGCUGUCUCCACCCGCUGUCUCCGCGUCUCUUGUCUUCCCGGGGCGUAGGCCUCCGUUUCCUCCCCCCUUCCCGGGGUUCCGGCCUUUAGGUUUUCUCCAUUUCCCCUCUCCCCCUCACCGUUUCUCCGUCUCGGGACCCGGAGGCUUCGUAGGAAUGAAAUAGAGUGCUAAUUAAAGUCGCUAUCUGUCU